CAUACUACACGAUUCUUACAAAUUUUACGAUUCAUGGCGAUGCAGCAAGUAAAAUAAAAUGGGAAGAGAUAGGGAAGAUAUAUGAAUUAAACUAUGAGCAAAUAAAAAAAAAGUUCACAGCUAUAAAGUCAAAAUUUAAUAAAUUUUAUUCCCUUUCAAAAAAAUCAGGUUCUGGUGCUGCUAUGAUAAGCAGUAGGCACUUGAAAUUUAUAGAAGAUUAUUUUUGGCUAAAAGAAAAUGUGGAAGAUAUUUGUAAGAAUGCAGAGGCAAGUUUUAGUUUGGAUCAAAUAUCUUCACAUGAUUAUGAACAAAAUAUCCAAGAUGUGGUGAAUGUACAAACAUCAUCACAGGAUUACGAGUUAAAUACACAUGAUCUUUUAACUGAUAUUGUUAAUCCUACUGAUAUAUAUGAGAAAGAAAUUUUAGAGUUAGACAAUUCUUUUAAUAAAGAAAAUAUUAAUCCAUGUAGCUCAAAGAGGAAGAAUUUAGAUACUCCUAAAUCUAAAGCUAAAAAAUCUAAGAAGUAUGAAGAUGAAAAAAUGGAGAUAUUUAGGGGUUUUGCUGCCAAACAUACAUCCCAAGGAGAUGAUCCCCAUAAUAUUAUGGGUUUUUUCAAAUCAUAUCAAGCUCCAUUUAAUAUUAUGAGUGAUAAAGAAAUUUUUGAUUUUAAAUUAAAAUUUAUAACAACAAUGUUAGUUUAGUUUAUACUGUAUUUUUUUAAUUAUUUUAUACA